AUGUGCCUGAACACGGCGAAAGUGCAACAAGAUAUUUGCCAUCUCUCCAACGAGUCAAAGCAACACGAUGCCUACAUCUAUACUAUCACUUGUUACACGAUCGCCGCAAUCUUCGUCCUUCUGCGGGUUGUCGGUAGGGUUGUGACUAGAAGAUUCGCUUAUGAUGACUGCAUUGUUGUUGCAGCACUGCUCCUCACAGCUGUCCCUCUGGGGCUCGUGCUAAAGAUGGCGGGAGGAGGCUUUGGCGAACAUCUCUGGAACCUUCAACAAGGACAACUACUACAAAAUCUACGAUUCUUCUAUGUGGCAUGGAUAACUUACACAUUUGUGCUCGGUCUCACGAAAAUAUCCCUGACAUUAUUCUACCACGAGGUCUUCCCAACGCAAGGUGCUCAGAGAGGAUGCUUCGUACUCCUGGGCUGGAUUGCCAUCAAUACUUUGAUCCUAAUAUUCCUCACAAUCUUCAAUUGUAACCCUGUAAACGCAUUUUGGGACCGCGAUAUCAAGCAUGCCAAGUGCUUAAGCAUCAACGCCAUCGCAUACGCAAACAGCGCAUCGACGAUUGCUCAGGAUGUUGCUCUCUUGAUAUUUCCUUUGGUAUGCAUUUGGACGCUGAACAUGAAAAGGUGGCGCAAGAUGGCGGUGGGCUUCAUGUUCGCUAUCGGAACACUGUAUGUAUCUCCCUUCGAGUCACUCCAUUGGAAGCGACUACUGACCAAAGUGUAG